AUGUUCCGAAUCCUCGAGUCGCAAGCUCCGGCCAAACAAACGGCUACGGACACAAUCGACGUAUUAAGCAGUAGACUGCAAAGUGCUACAUUGUUGGAAGAUCGUCGCGCAGCAAUUCAAGGAUUAAGAAGCUUUGCAAAACUCUACCCUGCAUCGGUCGCUUCUGGUGGCCUGCGAUCAUUGAUCAGCAGUCUACGCAAUGACAGUGAGGAUGUGGACACCAUCAAAGUGGUCCUCGAGACCCUUUUGAUGCUCUUCACGCCUGAUGAAUCCAGUCCUGAAGCGUCGGACGAAAUAGCUCUGUGGCUGGCAGAUGAAUUCACUCAGCGACAAGACAAUAUAACUACCCUACUCAACCUUUUAGAAGCCCGCGAAUUUUACUCCCGCCUUUAUUCGCUCCAAUUGAUUUCGCACAUCUGCAGCGCACGACCAGAACGAACACAAGAAUGCAUUUUUACAGCGCCGCUGGGUAUUUCCAAACUAGUUGGUGUGCUGACAGAUGCGAGGGAACCAGUACGGAACGAGGCUCUCGUCUUGUUGAUUGCCCUGACCCCUGCUUCGGAAGAGCUGCAAAAGCUUGUGGCAUUCGAGAAUGCAUUUGAAAUACUUUUCUCUCUUAUCGAAGCGGAGGGAGCAUUAACGCAUGGGACCGAGGUAGUGGAAGAUUGCCUCUCCUUGUUGGCUCACUUGUUGAGGUUCAAUGUUUCCAACCAAUCAUUUUUCCGCGAGACCGGUUGUGUGAAAAGAGUAACACAGCUGCUUCAUGAAUGUCAGCAGGAGCCAGAAGACAACGAGCCGGCACAACAGUGGACUCGGGUCCACCGAGAUAAGAAUGUCUGGGGCCUCUUGGCCAUCAUUCAGUUGUUCUUGAUUCGCGGUGGCAUGAGCACACCCAUUAACCAGACUGCAUUCUGGCAGAAUGGCGUGACAGAACAAGUUCUUAGCAUUGCAUUCGGUCAAAGGUUCAGUGUUAGCGUUACCUCAAAGGCCUUGUCAACUUGUGCCGAUCUGAUUCGCGGCAACUCACCGUUGCAAGAAAGAUUCGGUGAUAUCGAAGUCCUGUGGGGCUCAUACCCGCGCGGCGACAAGGCUAUCAAUGGUGAUGCGAAUGAACCUUUACGCAUCAAUGUCAUUGAAGCAUUUUUAAAACUCAGCCUCGAGCCUGCUCCCAACAACCUUUUGGACGCACGACUUGCUGCCUGCGAAUGUAUGAAAGCGUUUUUCGCCCAUCAUCCUGGAAUUCGCAUGCAUGUACUCAGACGAGCGAUUGAAGGGCAUACCAGCGGGCAGGAUCGGAUUCCCAAUAUUCUAUCUGUACUGCUCACGGCACCUGAAGCGCGAGGAAACGCCGAUCCAUAUCAAGUGUGGAUGGCCUGUGUUCUGAUGUUCCAUUUGCUCUUUGAUGAUGCAGAGGCGAAGGCAACGGCUAUGGCUGUUACCGAGGGCGAUUCUGAGAGCGGCGAAGAAGUGGUCACUAGUGUCCAAUCUGUCGUUGGAAACCUGAUUACUGGUCUGCAGCGCGGCGAUGACGAAAGAAUCACAGUCGGUUAUCUGAUGUUACUCUGCGGAUGGCUUUUUGAAGACCCAGACGUUGUGAAUGAUCUUCUUGGAGAGGGCAGCUGCAUACAAACCUUGUUGCAGGAAAUUAAGCACCAGCGCGCCCCCAGUAAAUUGGUGCCCGGCCUUUGCACCGUGCUGUUGGGUGUCAUUUAUGAGUUCUCCACAAAAGAUUCGCCGAUCCCUCGCAUCACGCUCCAUAAGCUACUCAUCGAACAGCUUGGCAGGGAACAGUAUAUUGACAAGAUCACAAGACUUCGAGAAUGUCCAUUGGUUCGUGACUUUGAGGUCCUUCCCCAAACUGCUGGUGGUCAGCUCGAGGGUGGGCUGCCGGAGGUGUUUUUUGACCGCUCAUUCGUUGAGUUCCUGAAAGAUAACUUCAGCCGAUUGCUUCGUGCCAUUGACCGUGAACCCGGGUUUGAGAUUUCUGUUGUUGCCAAUGGUGUCGAAAAGGGAAUUUCGCGUGAGCUUGUUGAUUCAUUGCGUGCAGAAAUUGAAGAUCGCACCCAGACCCUUCAAACAUUGGAGUCUGAUCUUGUUAGCAUUCAACGGAGGCUUGAUCAAGAACAGUUGGACCACCGAAAGACAAAGGAAUCCAACGUGGUUGAGUUGUCAAAGGUUCAACAAAGCAACCAAUCUCUGCAACAACGCCAUGCGCAGGAGCUAUCCCAACAGCUGUCGAAGCUCGAAAACGAACAUAAGCAUUACAAGAACGAGUUAUUCAAGCAGCAUAGUGAUGAGCUCCGUGCCAUCGACCAUAAACUCAAGCAGACUUCGGCGGAAUCUGAAAGCAAGAGCAGCAAAGCAAAGGAAUUGAGAGAGCAUCAUGAGCGGGAGGUUGCUGGUCUGCAGCAAACCAUUCGUGGCUUGGAGUCGGAGCUUUCUCGCAUCCAGGAACAACAUACAGGAGAAGUUGUCAAUCUUAAUAAGAAACUCUUCGAGUUGGAAAAUGUCAUCAGCCAGUCCAAUGAGGCCCAUGGUGUACAGGUCACUGAUCUUCAAAAGAAGAUUCAAGAUCUGGAAAGCACCGAGAAAUCCCACAAUGGUCAAGUUGAUAACCUCAGCAAGAAGAUCCAGGAGUUGCAGAACACGAUCAGCCUGUCCGAGGAGGCCCACGGUGGACAGGUCGCCGGUCUUGAAAAGAAGAUUCAAGACCUAGAAAACACCAAGAAAUCCAAUGAUGAACAGGUGGCAGACCUCAACAAGAAAAUCAAGGACUUUGAAAGCACCAAGGGAACCCAUGAUGGAGAAGUCACCGAUCUCACCAAGAAGUUGCAGAGCCUAGAAUCUACGUUGGCCGCAGCCAAGCAAAAGCACGAAGCGGAAGUCGGUGACUACAAGAGCAAAGUUGAAACAUUGGAGACUAGUCUCUCUACAACCAAGCAGCAAUAUGAGGCUGAAUCCACUGGCCACAGUAGUACAGUCGGGGCUCUCGAGUCAAAUCUCGCCACAGCCAAAAAAGAGUAUGAAGCCGAGAUCGCAACUCUAAAGCAAUCUGUCGCAGCUCUAGAGUCAGGCCUUGCCAAGGCUCAGAAGUCUAGCAAUGAUCUUGAAACAGCCCAAGAAGGCACCGCAUCUCAGACCUCUGCGCUGGAAGCACGAGCUAAAGAGGCUGAGAACAAGGCCAGAGAGGCCGAGUCCCACGCUCAUAGUGCGGCUGAAGCCCUCAAAGGCAUCCAGGCCCAGCUCGACAAGGCUAAAACGGAAGCUAAAGAAAAGGAGGAGGCUCGCCAGUCAGCCCAGUCUGAACUGGAAGACCUGCUGAUUGUCUUUGGCGACCUUGAGGCUAAGCGAACGGAGGACAAGAAACGGCUCAAGGAGCUCGGAGAGGAAGUUUCGGAGGCUGAGGACGACGACGAUGAUGAGGAUGCGGAUGAGUGA